UAAGGGAGCAUCAUGAGAUGAUGGAUGAACAAAAUGAAAAGAUUGGAGCUCUCCUUGGUGAGGCAGGCAUUAUAAUAUUCUCGCCCACUCUGAGCAGAGUGAUAGAAGGAGAAGUUAGCUUCUCAGGAUCCACCCAGGUUCUUGAUUUUUGUGAUAUGCUGGCCAAUACCAACAUCCAUAUCAAGAAUUUUAAGGAUCAGAUCAGUGGCUCAAGUACUAUAGAGAGUCUUCCUAAUUCCUCUUAUAGCUUAAGAGCACCAGAAGUUAGCCAGACUUCCAGCCGCAUGCUAUCAAAAGGUAAAAUGCCAAUAGACCAUGAAGUCAUGGUUGGUCUUGAUGAUGAGGCAGAAAAAGUAAUUGAACCACUUAUCAAGCAUUUUGAGGAUCAGCUCAGUGUCCCAAGUACUAUACAGAGUCUUCCUAAUUCCUCUCAUAGCUUAAGAGCACCAGAAGUUAGCCAGACUUCCAGCCGCAUGCUAUCAAAAGGUAAAAUGCCAAUAGACCAUGAAGUCAUGGUUGGUCUUGAUGAUGAGGCAGCAAAAGUAAUUGAACGACUUGUAAGCGGAUCAAAACAGGUGGAAAUUGUUCCCAUUGUGGGAAUGGCUGGGCUUGGUAAGACAACUUUAGCCAAAAAAGUUUACAAUAAUAUUUCAGUAACCUGUCACUUCCACAUUCGUCUUUGGUGCACUGUUUCUCAAGAAUUUAACAUGAAAAGCUUGUUAAUACAAAUUUUGUGCUCUAAUGGAAAACAGUCGAGGAUGGAUGAAGAGCUUAAAAAAUUGAAUGAACAUGCGUUGCUUGAAAAGCUCCGUCAAAGGCUAUUGAAGAAUCGGUAUCUUCUUGUUUUUGAUGAUGUCUGGGACAUUGAGGUAUGGAAUGAGCUGAGAACUGCAUUCCCCAAUGACAAGAAUGGAAGUAGAAUCAUCUUUACGAGUCGAUUUUCUAAUGUAGCUUCAGAUUCAAAGGUUCAAUAUGGUGGAGAACCUCACUAUCUUCACCCACUCAGUGAGAAAGAAAGUUUCGAAUUGCUGCAGAAGAAGGUGUUUGGAGAAGAAGAAGAAUGUCCUCAAGCAUUGCAUGAAUUGGGAAUGGAGAUUGCCAAAAAGUGCAGGGGAUUGCCACUUGCACUUGUUGUUGUAGCUGGAGUCCUGGCAACUAUAGAGCAUGAUAUUUGUGUUUGGGAAGAAUUUGCUGAAAGUUUUACUUUGACCAUGGUGUCUGGUGCAGACCAGUGCAAGAAGUCCUUGGAGCUCAGUUUUGAGCAUUUACCAUACCACUUGAAGGAAUGCUUGCUGUAUUUUGCUGCAUUUCGAGAAGAUGAAAAAAUUGGUGCCAAGAAGUUGAUGUGUCUAUGGAUUGCAGAAGGAUUUGUGGAAAUAAUUGAAGGAGAGAAAUCAGAGGAUGUUGCAGAAAAAUAUCUGAUGGACCUAAUUGGCCGAAACCUAGUUAUGGUAGGUAAGAACAGAUCCAUUGGUGGAGUGAAAACUUGUUACAUUCACGAUUUGAUAUUUGAGUUCUGCAAGGGCAAGGCGAAAGAAAAGAAAUUCCUUCAGGUCCUGCGAGGAUAUGAUGAGCUUUCUACCUUUAAUGAGCCUCCCAACCUACCUCGGUUGUCCAUUUGCUCCAGUGGCAAAGAUUUUAUGAAGUCAAAGCUAUUUUGUCCAUGUUUAAGUACUCUGCUAUUCUUUGAUGCUACUCCAGGAUAUAAUAAGUUGAAGUUGCUUAAUAUCUCCUUCCUUUUUUGCAUCUACAAACAUCUUAAAGUUUUGAAUUUAGAGGGCAUUAACCUAAUGUUGAAGGAGCUUCCAGCUGAAGUUGAAUCACUUCUUUGUUUGAGGUACUUAGCCCUUAGAGCUUCGGAAAUGGAAUUCAUUCCACCAUCUAUAGCCAAGCUCUCACAUUUGGAAACCUUUAGUCUAAAUUCUGAUGAGACGGUUUCAUUGCCAGAUAGCAUCUGGAACAUGAAGAAGUUGAGGCAUGUACAUGUAGAGAAUGGCGUCGUUAUUCCUUUCUCUUCCAAUGACAACGUUGUUGAAAACCUCUCUAACUUAGACACACUGUCUACUCUGGAGCUUUAUCUUGAUAAAGAGGGAGAGAACCUGUUGAGAAGGAUUCCCAACGUUCGCCAACUUAAAAUUUUCAAUUGUGGGAAACAAAAUAGAGUAUGCUGCAACAUGAGUCGACUAGAAUGCCUAGAGUCACUCGGCUUAGGGGGCUACGGCUUCUUAGGUUCACGGGAACAUGUUGAGCUUUCUUUUCCGACGAAUUUGAAGAAGUUGUGUCUUUACCGUCUGGGUCUUCCCUGUAGAAAAAUGUCAUUGAUUGAACAACUACCCAAUCUUGAAGUCCUCAAAUUAAGAGAGGAGGCAAUGGACGGCCAAAGAUGGGAGCUGAUGGAAGGAGGAUUCCCUAAACUCAAGGUCUUGACUUUGGAAUACGAAAGGAUUGAGAAGUGGAUAGAGGCAGACCCUGACAGUUAUGAUUACUUCCCGUGUCUUCAGCGAUUAAAACUCUUCGGAAUUUUUAAUUUGAAAAUGAUGCCUGCUUGUUUAGGGAGUACACCAACUCUUGAAACAAUUCAGGUGGCGCAUUGUGGAUAUGGCGUCAAAUCUUUAGUAUGGAAAAUUGAAGAAGCACAGGAAGAUAAUUAUGGAGAUGUGAAUCUGAAGAUCAUCAUCAUAGAUUGAAGGGCAUCAGCUGGUGCAAUAUCUGGGAGUGCAUGCUACGGUGGUUUUUCCUCUUCAGAUUGUAAUUGGUUAUCUGUGCGGUCUGGUUUUCUAUGAUACUUUUGUGGAAGAUGAAGGUAAAAGUUGGAAAGGAUCCAUGGCUCUUUUCUUGUCAAGAUAUGGUGGAAACAAUCAAUGAGAUUAUUCAGAUAUUUUGUUGUUGGCCUAUUUUGUGUAAUUUCGUUUUGCUGAAUUUAAUGAUGGUUUUGUGCUAUUUCUUUUCAAACAUGUGUCAAUUUGCCGUCAAGGAACUUUGUUAUCAUUUUGAUAGAAUUGAUUAACAAUUUAUGUUUGAGCUCAUGAUUCUUGGAAGAAUAUGAUAGCCCAAUUUGGAAACCUC